AUCCACAUCCUCUUUCUGAUUCAUCUCUCUCUCACCCCACCAGGACUACUUAUGUCUGGAAUUUGCUUGCGUUCGUUAACCCUACUAGCUUCUCUUCUAGAUCUGGAAGAAGCUCUUCUCCUCCUUAAUUUGAGAGCCUUAAACCUCUCUUAAUACAAGUAGUAACAGUUUGUUUGUUCACCCAAAAGUUUAGGGGUUCAUGUCCCAAGUUGGAUCCGCCCCUGUUUUCGCUGCUUUGUUACUAGCAGUAACGUGCAGGAAUCAUCAGCCUUGAUAACUCUCUUAUUUGCCUUCUUCAAAAAACACUCUCUUCUUUGCCAGCAAAUAGCAAUCGUGUAACUGCCUUACUAUAUUUAGAUUACACUGAAAAAUGUAUAUGCUACAAUGAUUUGUAAAAGCUGAUCGAUAUGCAACACUGCUAUGCAAAACAAAUGAAGAUUACUAAUUAGCACAAAUUAUGAUUUUGAUGAUCCUUACGGAUGAAUUAGAUUUGAAUUGUAGAAAAAAUGUUACACCUAUUAUGUUGUUCUGAUUUCUGAAACAAAAGCCACCGGGCCAAUUGGAGGUAGGCUGUUGGUAUAUACGUGUACGUAUGUACUCAUCAAUUCAGCAUCCAAUUAGUUUGUUCACAUCAGUUGAAUAGAAUCACCACUCAAGGAGCAUCCUGCCUACAAAUUUAAAUGUGUGUUUUGCUUGCUUGUAUUUGGAAAUACAGUGUUGCAUGUGCUUAGAUGAAAAAAAAUCGGGCUUUGAUGCAAUGACUUAAUUUCUGAGAAUAUAAGUACAGUUGGCUAUUAAGUUAGGCUCAAUUUUGUGUUAUAUAUGCUAUAUAUCGUACAACCAUUAGUGCUUAAUGUUAUACAAGCCAAUUAUAGUUUCUUUUGGGAGUAAAAAAUAUAUUUUUACCCUUCACAUUUCGAAUACCCAGCCUCAAAAUCCUGGGUCAACCCCUGCACAGUGCACCCGUGCCGCUUUCCCUUGCUCUUUGCCUGUCGAUCCCCCAUCUGCCCCUUUUCUAGCAGUUGAUGAAGCUCCCGUAACUGAAGAAGAACCACCAACAGUUUCCAUAAUUGAUGUGAUGCCAACAAACUGUGCUCUCUUGUUCGGAAGCAGAAAGCACUUGCCAAAAAGAAAAGGAAAUGGCUGCGGUCUCUGAUUCCAAGGGAAGACGGUCUCAUCAAACCUAUCAAACGACCCAAGUUUCUAAAAGAUGCGCAAGUGCACCAUUUACACCAUUCUUGGGGUUUCAAAUUGUACUGAUUGGAAGCUUGCUGUCUACUAAUGUGAUCAUGUCUUGUAAACAAAUGAUCUAUUUGUUGCUCAUUUCAAAAUAUUGAAUUGUUUUGUAAUAUCACACCAUGGGUACUUUUAUGCUUUAUUACUGAAGCAACUAAGAACAUAAAUGGAUGAUCAGGUGGCAUUUCAAUAUAUGUUUCUAUGUAUUCAUCUUUGUCA